UAAUAUGAGUGUUAGUAUAAUCGGAAGACUUUAUCAGAUAUGUAUUGGAUUAUGACCGCAUGAAUGGUGAUAAGGAAGGAGGGAGAGGGUUCGAGAGGCACUCUUGGUAGUGCCCACCCCCCCAAUCAGCUGGCGUCUGGUAGUGUUGAGCGCCACACCUCCACGGCUCCACCACCAGUCCACCACCACUACUGUGGCGCUCAGUGCCAGGCCGCUACCUCACCUCGCCCUCACCUUUCUGCACACAAAAUGAGUCUCAAAUCGCUGUCACGCGUGCUUCCCCAGUCAUAUAAAUGUGGAUCUAAGCUUAUGAAGAAAAUUGUCAGUGGAGGCUGUUUGCCCAACCCCUCAGCAGCAGCAGCACCAGGAACACGGUUUCUGCAUGUGCCGGGAGCCAAUGACACACCCACACAGACAAUCAGGGAUGUAAUAAGCAACCUGACCAGCAAGGUUGGUGCGGCUCGUAGCUUCACAGAGACUAUAGACCGCAGUCAUCUACUUAAGCUACUGCCACGCUCCCAGGAUGAACUGCCACCACGGACCAUGAAGGACAGUUGGGACAGUGCCAUUAUUCCUCUUGGUUCAGAGGAGAGGCUGCGAGAGAAAUAUGUCACCUUCAUGGGCGGUGUGAGGGUGGGCCGCCUCCUGGAAGAUCUGGAUGUGUUUGCUGUGUGGCUAUGUUACAAACACAUCAAGAAUCCACGCCAAACAUCAGACUUACCAAGUCCCUACAGUAUUGUAACAGCACUGGUGGAUCGCAUUGACUUUAACCAAGGUUGGUCCUUGCAUCCCGAUAGAGACAUUCGUAUCUCUGGCCACGUGUCUUGGGCAGGUCGCUCCUCACUGGAAACCAUCAUCAGUGUGGAGCAGCGAGUGGAUAAUGCUUGGAAACAGGUAACACGAGCAGUCUUUGUGAUGGUUGCCCGUGAUCCACUGAAUCAGGGCUCAGCUGUUGUCAAUCCUCUGGUGUGUGAAACCCCAGAGGAGAAGAAGAUCUACCAGGCUGGUGAGGUGAACAAAUUACACCGCAAGAUGCUCCAGGAGGAGAGUUUGUUCCGAGUCCCUCCCAAUGAAACAGAAAAGACAUUAGUUCAUGAGCUGUUCAUGUCACUGGCCAAUCCCAAAGAAUUGUCCUUCACCUCCAAGAAGGAGCCAGAGAACUCAAUGUGGAUGGAGGACACCAAACUCAAGAAUCUCAUCAUCUGCCAUCCUGAGUCUCGCAAUAUCUUCAACAAAAUCUUUGGUGGCUACUUGAUGCGAGUGGCAUUUGAAUUAUCCUUGGUCAAUGCUCAAUUGUUUAGUAAGCAGCGGCCCAGGUGCCGACACAUCGAUGACAUCUUGUUUCGUAGGCCAGUGGAAAUUGGCUCACUGCUCUACUUGAAUUCACAGGUGGUAUACACUGAGGGGUCCCGCAUGCAGAUCAGCACCAAGGCGAGUGUCAUGGAUGCAGCCACGUCAUCUAUCAAUCUCACCAACAUCUUUCACUUCACUUUUGAGGCUGAUCAGCCUGUGCCCACUUCCCUUCCUAAGACUUACCAUGAAUCCAUGCUGUACCUUGAUGGCCGCCGCCACUAUCAGCUGGUGACGGGGGCACGCAAAUUCUAUGGCCAAGGAGAAAUUUCAUCUGAUUCCUCAUUUUAGUUAAGAAUUAGAGUGCUGAACCAAAGAGCUGCUCCCAGAUUGUCUGAGGCAUUUUGAAGACAGGUAUUUGUAUAAUAGUGACUGUUGAGACUUUUGUUAACUGGCACAUUUUUAUUCUUGUACUGUUGUCCUUGUACUUGUAGAGAAGGUAUUAGUAAGAAAAAUUCUUAUUAUUUCCCUACAAAAAGUAAUGCUUGUCUUGAGAUUGCUCCAUUAAACAGAAAUGAAAUAGCCAUGACCUCUGACACAGUGUCUGUAUUAUGGAGUCUAAAAAAACUGGUAGUUGUUCUAUAUAAAGGUUACAAGAAGAAAAACAAGUGAUCUGUAUCAUAAGAACAAUUAUGUAUAUAGGAAGAAGGACUGAGAUCCAAUACUCAUGUAAUGAGGUUCAACUAUGCCCAAUCAACUUAUCAAAAAUGCUUCAAGAGGGAAGGUGGGAUGACUUGUACCAUUGAUACUAUCAGUGUUGGAAAUCAUGAUUGCAUAAGACCAGUACUGCUGGAACAUUUUGAAUUUGAUAUUUUUUAUAUUCAUUCAGAAUUAUUUUCAACUUUACUUAUGCACUGCAGACAGAUGCUUGAUGGUAUUAUAGCAGUCACAUAUAUAAGCCAGUAAAUCAAAAGUUAUG